AUGAAGAUUUUCGUGAAAACCCUAAAAGGCACGCACUUCGAGAUCGAAGUGAAACCCGAAGACACCGUGGCAGAUGUGAAGAAGAAUAUAGAAACGUGUCAGAGUUCAGAUGUCUAUCCUGCUACUCAGCAGAUGCUUAUUCAUCAGGGGAAAGUUCUUAAAGAUGAGACCUCGCUGGAGGAGAACAAAGUUGCUGAAAAAAGUUUUAUUGUCAUUAUGUUGAGCAAGAACAAGGCUUCAUCAAGUGCAGCUUCAACUGCAUCUGCUGCUCCUUCGAGUACCACCCAACCUGCAUAUAAUACAGCCCUGCCCACACAGCCUGUAACGGCACCUCAGCUUCCUGCAUCAACAGUGGUCCCUCCACAAUCUGCUCCAGCUCCAGCUCCAGCUCCAGCUCCAGCUCCAGCUCCUGCUCCUGCUCCUGCUCCCGUUUCUGUUUCUUCAGUUACAGAUGUCUAUGGUCAAGCAGCGUCAAAUCUUGUUGCUGGAAGUAACUUGGAGACUACUGUUCAAGAAAUUCUUGAUAUGGGUGGAGGAAGUUGGGAUAGAGAGACAGUUGUUCGUGCUCUACGUGCUGCAUAUAACAAUCCAGAGAGGGCUGUUGAGUACCUGUAUUCUGGUAUUCCUGACCAAGCAGAAGUUCCUCCUGCAGACCAACCUCCAGCAGCUCAACCUCCUGCAAGUGGGCAGCCUGUGAAUUCUUUGACUCAGGCUACACAGCCAGCAGUACCAUCCACUGGGCCCAAUGCUAAUCCUUUAGACCUUUUUCCACAGGGCCUUCCAAAUUUGGGCCCAAAUGCAAGUGGUGCUGGCACCUUAGAUUUUCUUCGAAAUAGUCAACAGUUUCAAGCUCUGCGGGCCAUGGUGCAAGCAAAUCCACAAAUCUUGCAGCCUAUGCUUCAAGAGCUGGGAAAGCAAAAUCCACAAUUAGUGCGGUUGAUUCAAGAGCAUCAGGCUGAUUUCCUACGCCUAAUAAAUGAACCAGUUGAAGGGGAGGGGAACAUAUUAGGGCAGCUUGCUGAAGCAAUGCCACAGACUGUUUCUGUCACACCGGAAGAGCGGGAGGCAAUUGACCGCCUUGAAGCAAUGGGUUUUGAUCGAGAUUUGGUAUUGGAAGUAUUUUUCGCUUGCAACAAGAAUGAGGAACUCGCGGCAAACUAUUUAUUAGAUCAUAUGCACGAGUUUGAUGAGUAA